GAUGCCAAAUACAAAGACAGAGAGGUUGAAUGGUUCAGCAGUAGUUGCGUUCGGUGGUCUAUGACAUGAGGGUUUCACUGAUUUGUCUGCUACUGGUGUUUGGAAGAUGGAAUUUGCUUCUUUAUGGAGCACUUGCAAAUCCAUACCAUCGUAACUAUGGAAAGUUUGAGGAUGAGUCUACAAUUUAUGGAAAUGGCCCUCAAAUGCAUAGCCCUGAAAAAUUCCAAAUCCGGCAAUCAAAUCUGGCUAGCAACAAACAGGACUCCACAAAAGUAUCCAGCAAAGUAAAGCUCAGGAUUUCUCCAAGUCAUGGACUCUCUGAGCACCAUCAAAUCCCUGUUAGCCAACCUACAAGCUUAGAUGGUCCUUCAAUGUUUCGACAUCCUUCCAGAAAUACUGAAAUAUCACAAAUCGGCCUGGCCUCUUCAAUGGAAGAAAGAAUUCCCCAGGAUUCUAAUCAAGGUAUGAACAAUAUUUACCCUGAAGUUUCUCCGCAUCCUCGGUUAAGAAGUGCAGCUGGUGGCUUUACCCAAAAUGCACCAGGCAGUCUGUAUCCCAGCAAUCCUUCAGAGACCUUUGUGCAUACCGUCCCUUACUUUUCCAUUACUAGAGAAUAUCCUGCACAUAAGCAGCUUCAAAAUAAUCAUUUAGCUCAGAAGUCAACACAUUUCACAGAGCCCGGAAGGUCAUAUCCUGUUGAUCCCAUCAGUAGCCUUGGACAUCCAUCACAAAUUGCAACAAAUCAUUUGGUUGGACUCAAACAUAAUACGCAGAGCAUGGCCUAUGACCCUUCUAUGCAGGACUCCAACAGUAACACAAUGUAUGCUUCUCCUUCAAGUGCUAAGAGAGGUCUUGCUCCCAGAUCUUCCAAUGCAGGACAUUAUGAAAGUAAUGCUUCAAAGUUGACUCGUGACCAAGAUGCCCCUGUCAAUAGUAAAUGGGCUUUUCAAAGGCUUGUGUCCAGUAACAGUGUGCCUAUUCAGAGUGUAGGUUCUUGGUCCUAUGGUGGGCAAAGGCCAAACAAGAAGUUUAGUUCAAGUCACAGACCACCUGUUCACCAUGGUGGGAGUGACUUUGACAUGUCUUACCUUCCUCAGAGGGACCCAGGACCAAACCAAAACCUAUUCAGACAACCUGCUAAAAUAAGACCUGCUUCCCACAACAACUCUCCCAGUCAAGUUGAUGGCUCAAAUGACUCUUUGAAGAAAUGGGCAACAACUGGUGAAGGCCAAGUCAGUGAGCUUCAUUCAUUCCCAGAAGAUCCAACAUCACAGAACUUCCCAGAAGAACCAUCUCGAGUUGCCACGUCUCACACUGUUGAAACUACAGAUGCGUCAAGUGGUACCACCAGAGGAUAUGCUGACCGCAAGCGUUUAAUCAAACGACCCAAGACCAGGUAUCUUGUGAGGGCCUUUAACCAUUAUGAGGAGGGCAAGGUCUAUCAAUCACAUGGCCGGAAGAACCCAACAGAAACGGCCUUCCCUUCUGAUGAUACAACAUCGCGUCUACAAGUCCACGGCAAUGAAAAGCCUAAGAAUGGUUACAGGAGGUAAUGUGCUGUAUAUUUAGUGCUUCAACUGCUUCCUUUCUUUUGCUUUCAGACACUUUACUGGAUAUUGUCCUUCGACUCUCUGAUUAUAAUAAUAAAAAAAUAUGACCUGAA